GCUAGCACUAACCGCUAUCGCUGACAAAAUGGCUCGCUACGCUCUGGCUAUGGCUCUUUCCCUCCUGGCGGUGGCCGCCAUGCUUCCAAGCUCAUUAGCCCUGCCCUCGCCCGACGAGGAACGCUAUGUGGAGAAGGAAUACAACCGGGAGCUGAUCAACUUGCUAAAUGCCGUGCAGUAUGCACCCCAACAGCUAGGAAAUCUCUGCAAGUAUCCUUACUUUUUCGCCAACUCGCUGAGAGGGCCAAUGCCAAAGCGGAACUCAGAGCUGAUCAACUCGCUCUUAAGCCUGCCCAAGAACAUGAACGACGCGGGCAAGUAAAAAGAUUUUGCUGACGCUGCAAGGGAUCGAAAUGGACUGGACUACUUCGGAUGCACAUUCGUGGAAAGUGUUUGAUCGGUUUUUCUUGUUUGCUUUUGUUUUGUUUUGCGCAUUCUUUGAGCUCUGCCGAAUUAAAUUCAGCAGGAGUUGAUAAUCAGUUAAAGAGUGCACAUUUAUGUAUAUCGCUUAAGAUAUUAUAUUUACAAUAAAUAGCAAGUAUACACUGUACGAUCUACAGGAUCAAAA